AUGAGCUAUUACGGCAGCUACUACGGAGGCCUGGGCUACGGCUGUGGAGGCUUCGGUGGCCUGGGCUAUGGCUAUGGCUGUGGAUGUGGUAGCUUCCGCAGACUGGGCUGUGGCUGUGGUUAUGGUGGCUACGGAUAUGGCUCUGGUUAUGGAAACUGCAGAUACGGCUGCUGCCGCCCAUUGUGCUAUGGAGGGUAUGGGUUCUCUGGCUUCUACUAA